UUCAAAUUUGAAGAGUUGCAAAAAACUUUCUUUCCUAUUUUGAGGUAUUUAGAGCAUUUUCCAUUCAUUCAUUUCAGUACCUUUUUUUUGUGCCACUUGUUACCAUUGGCUAAAUACCUCAGUGUACAACUUUGAACUGAUCUAGUCCAUUAUGCUUGUAUUACCUAAUGACGCCAGGCAGGCCAUCUUAACAAGUAGAAACAUCAUUGGUGGUGUAAGUAUAAGAAAUUGUUACUCUAAAAGCUUGUCUCAUGUUUAGCAAAGCACACACAUCUCCACCGAAGUUCAAAUUUUUCCUCGGUAUUGCUAGAUUUAGACACUCCCAUGUCGAUGGAGAAACCUACAUCGAGUACACACGCGAAAUGUGUAGAAGAGAAUUCCCCAACUUCGGAACACAAAGAAGGCGGCAUCUUGUCCCAAACGUUUUUCAACGAUUCGAGCAUUAUCCAAUUACCCAAUACAAAGGAGGAGACUGCCGAGUCAAAAGAAACUCGCAUGGGACAGAACAUGGCAGUCACUAAGAAGUCCGAUACGCAACGUACAAUUAGCUUGGCAGAGGAAAUAGAUCGAAUAAUAUAUGAGGAUUCCGCAUGUAGUCAACCGCCACCAGAAACGGCUUCUGGCGAACCUGAUAAGGACUCUACGGAUGAUGAAUAUUCGAUUGUGUCAUUUGCAGACUUGGAGAGAUUAAUGAUCGAGGAUGCACUUCAACGUAACCUACGCACCUCAGGUAAGUAUCCAGACCAAAUGGCCAUUUUGUUUACGUUCUAGAAGAGGAUGCAGUCUUCUACUGUUCCAACACUUCCUUACCAGGUGGGGAAAUGUGGCCAAAGAGUGUGUUAACCGACAUUAGGGGUGUUGGUCUUCACAUAAACCCAUAAUUGAUUUUUUGUCACCAUUUUUAGAAUCAGAAAUAUCAUUUUUAAGCGAUGUUGGAGAAGGUUCCGAACAUUCCGAUAAGCCUGCUAAGUAAAGUAGUAAACUAUAUCGUUCUUGAAGACCCUUAUGCAAGGUUCUUACUUUGAGAGUAUGUACCAUUUUAUGUCCCCAGUACAAAUGACGAUUUUAGUUUUCUAGGAUAUGCUGAAGUGUCCAUCCCACUGACAAAGCUGAAUUUCAUUGUUCAAUCUAAUAUCUUUGUAAUGUAUAGUGUUUGUCAUGUUCCUUUUUAUAGUUUGUAGUUCAUUUCACUUACUAAUAUGUUUCGUGUUUUGUAAUAAUUUGACUGUGUGACAAUCUGAAAUAAACGUCACAGUAUUUUGUCAUUUAUAACGCGACAAUGUACAUUCAUGUAUUACAUCCCUUUCAUGCUUUUCACAUCCUGAGUGGCUUAAGCAAAUGUCAAAAUAAACUAU